CCAAAAGUAUAAGCGCAUUGAUCUUCAAAUAAUCUAUUCUCGAAUUAUGUCAAAAAUGUAUUUAAUCACAUUUCAUAAAAAGCCCUAUCUCAGAAGCUUAACAAUAAAAUCACGUAAACGAUAUACGAAUAUAGUAUUUUUUGUGAAAUAGUAGAAAAAAAUAAUACGCUGGCAACUGGAAUUAACUGUCAAAUCGUAACCGCCGUUACCGAACACCUGCUUCCUGUUUUGUUUACAAUUAUCGAAGGAAUAUAUUGAAUUAAAUGUGCUUCUAAUUCAUAAGUUAUGAAUUAAAAAGUAUAGUGUAUGUACUGCUAAACGAUUAAAUGGAUAUUUUAAUAGUGAUAGAUGUAAUGAUCCUGACGUAUUUAAGAAUAACAUGGACUCUAUAGACAACAAUCAAUUCGAAGUUAAGGCUAUAAACAGUAAACGGAAGCUAACGCCAAGCACCAACGUGUACCUGAACCCUGCAUUAGAUCUCCUAGCCAAUGAGGAUCCUAUGUGCAACACAGCCAUGGAAAUAGUACCGAACAAGAAACGGAAACAAAUGAAGACUAAUAUUGCUGCUUUCGAGAAUACGGCUCUCGAUCUGGGGAUCAGUAAAGAAGCAGUGAACGAAUUUUUGGUAAAAGAACUAAAUAAUGUGCGGAGGAAUUGCAAAUUUGGUGAUACAGAGACAAUUGAUGAACCGGUGAUAGCAAGUAUUGAUAGCAAUAAGACUUGUCAGUCAAAUGAUGUGAUUGAUGACACUAAUGAAAAUAUUGACAAUACAGAACCUAUUUAUGCUAAUAUAAGUACUGCAGAUACGAAAAGCUGUGUUACAGACUGUGUACAAAGUAAUCCAUCUCAAACAAUGUAUGAUGAAAAUGUGAUUGCAAAUUACACAGAAGGUAGUGAAAUGGAUUCUGGAAUAUCAAUAUUGGAAAAACAUGUUAAUCCUGAUACAGCUGCAGAUAUUUCAAAUAUUACAAAGAUAGAAACUAAUAUCACUAAUCACAUAUUUAUUAACAAUCCAAAUAAUGUAAGCUUAAGUUUUAUAGACAGACUGACAUUAGAUUCACCAAAUGUUUCAAACCAAUCUUUAUAUUUAGAUGAUGACCUCAAUGAAAGCAACAUUAUGGAAAUAAAAACAAUUACAGUGAUCACGAAAAAACGACAAACUUCACAGAAAAUGAACACGAAUCCAUUCUUAGAUCCUAAUUUAAACAUUGACUAUGAUCCUGGAGUGAAACAAAACCCGUUUUUGGAACUGCCAGAGCCAGAAUACAGUGUAGAGGCUAUGAACAGACCUGUUGAAACUCAAAUUCCACAUAUAAGCAAUAUUGUACCGAGACAAUUGUUUACUGGAGAUACAAACAGUACUAUAUCUACUGUUAAUGAAUCUUCUAUGAAUGGAGAAAGCAAUGAGUAUGAAAAUAUUGAUGGAUACAGAUCAGAGAGUCCAGUAUAUGAAAAUGUUAUCGAAGAUGACAUAGCAUUCGACAAACAAAGUAAAAUCCUAGGAUGUGAUGUCUCAAGAUUCACAGCAGCUGAUAUUAUGAAUCUAAAUAAAUUCAGUGGUCAAGCAAACAGUUCAAAUGAUUCUAAUGACAGCAGAAAAGACUUGAAGAACAUAUUCAAAGUUGGAAAACUAUCGAAGAAAGUCUUCAAAACUUUAAAAAAGACUUUUAAAACUGAUAAACCUGAGCAUAAUGUUACUUUGAAUCCAUAUGAAGUACCAAGGAAACCACCAAAGCAGAAAGCUAGUCCAAAAGAUGCUGGUAUUGAAAACCCAGGAUUAAACUUGGACAAUUCGGAUGAAAUAGAAGUGGAAGAGGUAUAUGAUGAGGAACAUGAGUAUGAAACAAUAAAAACAAUUCGGAAUACACGACUAAAUGCAAAUGUCACUCCAUUAAGAGAAAGGACUAAUGAAAUACAGGAUGUUUCACAAAAUAAAGUUCAUACACCUGGGAAGAAAGUCAGGUUUGACUCGACAUUGAAUCAAGAGAAAGUAAUCACAGGAGAUAGCUUCGAUUACGACGUCCAAAGUCCAGGGUUCGAUGCGAAAAUCGACAAAUAUCAUGAUGAAUUGGAAAACUGUAUUAAUGAAAGAAAGAUUUUACAGCAAAAUAUGUAAGAUUUGAUCAUAAUUCGGUAUCAAAAUACCCAUUACGCACCUAAGAUUUUAAUUAAUUUAUAUCUUUGAAAAAUAUUUGUUUUUAUUUGUAUAUAAUGCACGAGACGGUAAAGUAAGCUUUUGUUUACAUAAACAAUACAUAGAUGGCGUUGUUUUGAUAUAUCUAUGAUCUCCAUUAAUACCACCGUAAUAAAAAUUAAGUUUAAUAAUAAUUAUUUUUGUUUACGUCCUCGCACGUAAUAAUUACCUAUUAAUAAUUUUAAUGUCAUUUUUACAUUGUUAAGAGGCUCAAUGUGAACCAAAUCUUGCCAAAACCUAAAAUGAUAUCUAAAGUUACAUCCAUUUAAUUUUGUUUAGAUUAGUAGUUAGUAAUAAAUCUGUGAUUAUGAAUAAUAAGUAUGCUAUUCGAUGAAGUUUUGUCUAACAUGCCGCGAUUUUCAAGUUUAUAUUUUUUACACUAUUUUUAAAUCUUAUUUGUAUUUUUUACUUUGCGUAUUAAGUUAUGUAAUGAUAUUUAAGCUAUUGUAUGUAUAUUUUGACGUACGUGCAUAAUUGUUUUAGGAAUCACUGUUUUUGUUUACUGAACGCACUCAUACGAGUAUACGGGCGUGUGCGAACACAAUACGUUCCGAUAUUUGAAGCGUACUAUUAAUUUAUACACUCAUUCACGCCUUUUAUCCUUAGGGGUAGGCAGAAGCGCAACUGGUGCACUGUGUUUCCGCUGUGUAUUCCGUUCCAUGAUGUGGGGGCGAUAUUAUUAUCGGGCACAAAUUCUAGACUCCAGGCUGAUACACGAACAACCCAAUAUCACUGUCCGUCCCGGGAAUCGUACCCGAGACCCCAGUACUCCAGUACCGUAAUACAACUACGCUGAGGCAGUCUAUAACCAACGUAUUAAUUUAUAACCGAAGCUAACGUCCAUUUAAAAUAUAAAUAUUACUUAUGUACUUAAUUUUUUAUAUCUAAGUCAAUUAAUUUAUUUUAUUUAAUAUGUACUAAUAAGUCUUAUUAUUUUACUAGCUGACCCGACAGACGUUGUCCCGUCUUAACUAUGAAUUUGCAGCGCGCAUUCUGUCAAUCGCUGAAAUUAACUUUUCUUAAAUUUUCUAACGUUCCGCUCAACGUCCUUAAUUUUUUCUUUUAUAAGAUCCUUCUCCUGACAAUAACAAACACACAAAAAAAAAAUAGUGUAAUCGGUCCAGCCGUUCACGCGUGAUGGCGUGACCAAGGGAAAUAGGGAUUCAUUUUUAUAUAUAUAGAUAUUAACACGAGAAGUUACAUAAAAUCUUGCCUGUAAUUAUUUUAAUAAACACUUUGUAUUAA